CGUAAUCAAAAUUUUUGACAAUUUGGCCGCAAUUUCGUUGCGGAAUUAUUUGAAUGUUUCCGCACCCGUGCGUGCAUCGGCCUGAUUUUGUGUUCCACGUUCGAUUACUGCUCUCAAGAUGAAGGUUACCACAGCUCACGGAAAUAACCUGAAAUACCUCAGCCUCGUUACGCUCACGCUGCAGAAUGCGAUCCUUGGGCUUAGUAUGCGCUACGGCCGAACACGCCCGGGAGACCUGUUCCUCAGCUCGACCGCCGUUGUUAUGGCGGAACUGGUGAAACUCGUCACCAGCCUGUUCCUGGUAUACCUAGAGGAAGGCAAGCACCUAGCGCGGUUACGAGCUGCCCUUCAUCAAACUAUCGUGAAGCAGCCACUCGACACACUCAAGAUUUGUGUUCCAUCACUUCUGUACAUCAUCCAAAACAACCUGCUGUACGUGUCCGCAUCGCAUCUUGAUGCCGCAACCUACCAAGUGACGUACCAGCUGAAGAUUCUCACGACGGCCGUAUUUGCCGUACUAAUCCUUCGUCGCCGGCUGCUGCCAACCCAGUGGGCGGCUCUCGUCUUCCUGGUGGUGGGUGUUGCAAGCGUACAGCUGGCACAAACCGGGGGUGACAGUGGAACCGCAGCCACUCGCCAGCAAUCGAUGCCACCGGGUGAUGGUCCGGAACAGAACCGACUGCUCGGCUUCAGUGCCGCUCUUGGAGCCUGUUUCCUUUCCGGCCUGGCCGGCAUCUACUUCGAGAAGAUGCUGAAGGGCGCGGACAUCUCGAUCUGGAUGCGAAACAUCCAGCUAAGCCUGCUGUCACUUCCGUUUGGGCUGCUGACGUGUGCAGUGAACGACGGGGCGCAGUUGAUGUCGCAGGGUUUCUUCUUCGGUUACGAUGCGUUCGUCAUCUAUCUGAUCGUACUGCAGGCUGUUGGCGGGUUGAUUGUGGCCGUAGUCGUUAAAUACGCGGACAACAUUCUCAAGGGCUUUGCCACGUCGCUCGCAAUCAUCAUCUCGUGCGUGGCCUCGAUUUAUCUGUUCGAUUUUAGCUUGUCACUGCAGUUUACCGUCGGUGCUGGGCUCGUGAUCGGUUCGAUCUUCCUGUACGGCUACGAUCCAUCGGCCAAAGGUGCCAAGACUGCUGGUGGUGCGCGUUCCGGUAGCAAAAGUCUAGCCGCUGCAGAGGCCGAGGAGCGCCUGCUCGCUGAGAAGGUCUAGAUUUAGCCUAACGGAUGAUUUCCCAUCGCCUUAACCUCUCUGAUCGCCUGAACCACUCGGGAACUCGAACAGCCGCUCGUUUCGACACAGGAACCGGCGAUCCGACGAACUUUAGUCAUACGCAACCGUAGUAAUUAAUAUAUCUAGUAUUGAUCGCCUCCAAACUCCAUGCAACACCUCACAAAUGGGGUGUUUUAGGAAUUCAGUGUAGAUGCAAUGUUACUUAGGCGGUAUGCGAAGUUGUACCAGAAUUGUGAGGACGGAAUACACCUUUGCGAGUAUUAGAAAGGAUACAUAUGUGAUUGUUACGAGGAGUCGACGAACGACUGCAGCACAAAUACCCGAUUUCGGAUGGUGUUUAUCAACCACUCCUCCCUGCCAGCUAAGGACACCCGAAAUUGGCACCAAUUUUAGAUGCUGCAGGCGUCCAGGGAAAAUCCUGCGUACCCAGUGUGGCUUUAAAUUUCUAUUUCAGUUCGAAUCUUUAGAUAUAAGGUAAAACUAGAUCUUACAUUUUGGACGUUAACUGAUACUGACUGGAAGCUGCUGGCUACCUAUACGACCUGUUUUAAAUGUAUGUCUUCCUUCAAGGGGAAACGCUGUAGGGAGAGAUGGGAAGGUAAAUUAAUUAUGCAGUUGAAUGAGAAGCAUUAUAACGCACCCUUUAACUAGGUUGUUUGCUUUUAACUGGAAUCUAUAUAUGAAAAGACUCAUUGCUUGCACGAGCUUGAGUAUGUUUUAAAUUUAAUAUUUAAAAAAAUAUUCUUCA